ACCAGAGAUAUGACUGUCACUGAACAAUCAGAAUGAAACAUAUGUACACUGGUAGUUUCCAUCGUUGGUAAGAAUUUUCUGACUAUUAAAUAAUUCUUUUAGAAAGACAAAAAAAUCAAAUUUCAUUUUCUGAUGGACAUUAGAAUAAAAAUUUUGUCCUUAAAAUUUGUGUCACUACCUGGAAAAAUAGUAAUAUUUUUAUUGGUUGUACUCAGAGUGCUGUGGUUUUUUUGUUUAUUUUUCUGGAUAAAACUUUGUUUCUACUUUUACUUUUUUUGAAAAGCAUAUUAAGGACAGUCUACCAAGAUAGUCAUCCCUUACCUAUGUGUUAAGCAGGUAUUAAUUACAAGAACUUACACUGAACAUACUGAAGCACAACCUGGCGUGGCUUGUUUCCUGAUGAACACUGUCCUGGUCUGGCAGUUAUUUUUAUUAGCUGUCCAGUGAGAAGUGCUCAGUUUGUUUCCUGAGCUAAUAAGUAUGUGUUUAUCUUCAUAGCUGCUUUCCAGUAAGUGAAGAAGUUCAAUUAAAAUCUGGGGACCUGCCUCCUGAGAGAAAGUAAUUUUACAGGAGCGUACUCAAACUCCUCACCUGGCAACAUGAAGAAGCAAGGCUCACCCAGCAAUCCUGCUCCUGUUUUGCCAGCACUGCCAGAACCACUCAAAGAUCUGAAAAUUAAGUACACUAAGAUAUUUAUAAACAAUGAAUGGCAUGAUUCAGUCAGCGGUAAAAAAUUUGAAGUCUUUAACCCCGCAAAUGAGGAGAAAAUCUGUGAGGUUGCAGAAGGUGACAAGGCAGAUAUAGACAAGGCUGUGAAAGCAGCUAGAAAAGCUUUUGAGCUCGGAUCACCCUGGCGUACCAUGGAUGCUUCAGAACGAGGAAGGCUCUUGAACAAACUAGCUGAUUUAGUUGAAAGAGAUCGACUGACUUUAGCUACAAUGGAAGCUAUUGAUGGUGGUAAACUCUUUUCUACUGCCUACCUAAUGGAUUUAGGUGCUUGUAUUAAAACAAUACGCUACUGUGCAGGCUGGGCUGAUAAAAUCCAUGGUCGAACUGUUCCAAUGGAUGGAAACUUUUUCACAUUUACAAGACAUGAGCCUGUUGGUGUGUGUGGACAAAUUAUUCCUUGGAACUUCCCAUUGGUUAUGUUUAUCUGGAAGAUCGCCCCUGCACUUUGUUGUGGAAACACAGUGGUUGUCAAACCAGCGGAACAAACACCUCUGAGUGCCCUUUACAUGGGAUCCUUAAUUAAAGAGGCAGGAUUUCCACCUGGAGUUGUGAAUAUUGUGCCAGGCUUUGGACCCACCGCUGGAGCAGCAAUUUCUCACCACAUGGACAUAGACAAAGUGUCCUUCACAGGCUCUACUGAGGUUGGUAAAUUGAUCAAAGAAGCAGCAGGGAAGACCAAUCUGAAGAGAGUUACACUGGAACUUGGAGGAAAAAGUCCUAACAUUAUAUUUGCAGAUGCAGACUUGGAUGAAGCUGUGGAAUUUGCACACAUUGGUCUGUUUUACCACCAAGGGCAGUGUUGUAUAGCAGGAUCCAGAAUUUUUGUGGAAGAGCCUAUUUAUGAUGAGUUUGUUCGCCGGAGCAUUGAACGAGCAAAGAAGUACACUCUUGGGGAUCCUCUGUUACCUGGUGUACAGCAAGGCCCUCAAAUUGACAAGGAGCAGUUUCAAAAAAUCCUGGAUCUCAUUGAGAGUGGGAAAAAAGAAGGAGCCAAGCUGGAAUGUGGAGGAGGUCCAUGGGGAAACAAGGGUUACUUCAUCCAGCCCACGGUUUUUUCUAAUGUUACGGAUGAUAUGCGCAUCGCCAAAGAAGAGAUAUUUGGACCUGUUCAACAAAUCAUGAAGUUCAAAACUAUAGAUGAAGUUAUCAAGAGGGCAAAUAACACUACCUAUGGCUUAGCAGCAGCAGUUUUUACCAAAGACAUUGAUAAAGCACUGACAUUUGCAUCUGCUCUUCAGGCUGGGACAGUGUGGGUUAAUUGUUAUAGUGCAUUUUCAGCUCAGUGUCCUUUUGGAGGAUUUAAGAUGUCAGGAAAUGGAAGAGAACUGGGAGAAUAUGGCCUUCAAGAAUACACUGAAGUUAAGACUGUCACAAUCAAAAUCCCACAGAAGAACUCAUAAUUAUGCUUGAUGUGCAGAAUUUAGCUUCUUCAAAUGAAUCCGAAAAAAGCUAUUUGAAUUCUGAAAUGCUUUAUGUCCUGAAUUGUUCAGUAACCUUUUUGCUUUCUGAUUGCAAAAGAAAAACCUGCUUACAUUAACAAUAUAAAGUAGAAAAUUUAAUCUAAUUAACUGAGAAAGGGAAAAUUUAAUGUUUGGAAAAUGACUAACUCCUUCGAAAUUUGUGUGAAGAAUUAUUUUUAUUUUCAGUGAUAGCUUUCCAUAGUGUUAUGGAAAUGUUCCUUGUUCUUUAUAUCUUGCAGGUACUGUUUGAAUUUAUGUGGUCUUCUAAAUGUUAGAUGGCAAGCUGUCUUUUCUUUGUGGCCUUAACAAAAGCACUUAUGAGUAACUAGCAGGUAGAUACUACUUUGUGUCUUUCAAAAAUAAUAGACUUCUUCUAGAUAACUUUCUACAACUGCUGCAUUUUUCAUCAUAUUGAGUACUACACAAAUGUAAUCUGGAUACUCUUAAAGAACAAUAAAAUCCAACUUCAAAAGUUAAA